AUGGCGAAGCGCCAGAGGGCCGUCCCACAGCAGGGGAAGGCCCCUCCACGUGGAAAGCGGCGCAAACAGAAAAGCGACGUCUACGAGGCUGAGGACUCCGACCCUGAUGAGGAGAAGCAUACCGACCGCUUCGACCAUGUGGAGAAUUACGAGUACGAGCUCCCCUCUGACUUUGAAGAUGAGGAGAUCGACGAGGACAUGGCAUUCACCGCCGAGGACAAAAUGCGCUACGCUGGCUGGUUUGGCGACGACGACGCCGACGCCGCGGCCACCCCUGCCGGCCGGGGCGGUAGGAAGGAGCGAGCGGAAUUCGCCGACCUGGAGAGCAGCGAGGAGGGCGCGGAGGAAGAGGGAUCGGAGCACGAGAGUGACCUCGAUUUUGAGGAUGGCGGCGACAUGCUGGCCGCCCUAGACGGCGAUGCAGCUGCGACGGGGGGCGGCGGCAGCAGCGAUGAGCUGCUCGGCGGCAGCAGCGGCGGCGAGGAGGAGGAGGAGGAAGAGGAGGGGGAGGAGGGCGGUGGGGAGGGCGAGGACGACGACGCCUACAGGGACAUGCUCGCCGCGGCGGUCGGCCGCGGCCAUGACGACGCGCGCGCGGCGCGCCGCGCGCGCGCCCCGCGCGUCGUGGCAGAGGCAUACCCGGAGUCUGAAUUCGCGGGCGCCGGUGCAGAGGACGGCGGCGGCGCCGGCGGGGCUCUGCGGCUGUCCGACCUCGUGGCCGGCCUGGGGGACGCAAGGCCGCGCCUGGGCGCGAGCCGCAAGGCGCUCGAGCGGAUGGAGCGGCGCGGGGCGCCGGUCGAGGCGCCGCUGCCGCGGGCGGUGCGGGAGCGGCAGGAGCGGAAGGCGGGGUAUGAGGAGACCAGCAGGGACGUCACCAAGUGGCAGCCGAUGGUCAAGGUGCGGCUUUGA